CGUGAUGGUCGCGCCCGGUUUCCUGCCGGUGCCGCAGCUGCUUCCGGGCUCUCAUCAUGGGGGAGUGAGGAGCAGCCCUGGCCGCCCGCAGCCUCCCUGCCCGGCCCUCGCCUGCCAGCCUCCGCCGCGGCGCCCCUCGGCCCGUCUCCGCUUGCCCCAGUCUCUGCGAAGCGGCGCCAGCCUCCCCGGGGAGCGGCCGGGGGAGGCGCCGGGUUCAUGUUCCGGGUCGCUGAGCCUAACCCGACCCGAGCUCAGGCGGCGAGAAAGAGCUGGCAUUUCAGUAGGACUAUGGAGGAGCUAGUCCAUGACUUGGUCUCAGCACUGGAAGAAAGUUCAGAGCAAGCUAGAGGAGGUUUUGCUGAUACUGGAGAUCAUUCUCGAAGUGUGUCUUGUCUUCUAAAGCGACAGGCAAGAAAAAGGAGGGGACGAAAGCGACGUUCCUUUACCACCCAUCAUCCCUGGGAGACUGGUCACUGUUUAAGUGAAGGUUCUGAUUCCAGUUUGGAAGAAUCAAGCAAAGACUACAGGGAAAGUCAUGCUAAUAAGAAAGACCACAGUGACUCUGAUGACCAGUUGUUGGUUGCUAAACGUCGACCUUCCUCAAACUUAAAUAACAUUAGAGGCAAAAGACCUCUGUGGCAUGAACCAGAUUUGGCUGUUGACAGUUUAGGAAACAGAACUCUGCGUAGGAGAAGAAAAGUGAAGCGGAUGGCCAUAGACCUGCCAUCAGAAGUCUCUAAUGCACUGACAAUAACUCAACGUCAGGAUAGCAGCAGAGAUCAAGAAAUGGACAAUGACAAUAAAUCAUACCAACAUCAAGAGUUUUCCAAGAGCAAAGUGAAAAAAAGAAAAGUAGCUGCAGCUCGACAAGGGCCAGAAAUCUUGGAUGAAGGAGUAGUUAUAGAAAAUGAAGAAGUGAACCAAGCAAAUAAGGACAAAAUGGAGUAUGAGGAACAAAAGGGCUCAGAUGAGAACAUGAGUGACAGUGAAUCCAGCAGUCUGAGCAGCAGUGAUGCUGGUUUGUUCACCAAUGAUGAGGGAAGACAAGGUGACGAUGAGCAGAGUGACUGGUUUCAUGAAAAUGAAUCUGGCGGAGCGUGUGGAAUUACAGGGGUCAUUCCUUGGUGGGAACAGGAGGACUCUCCAGAACUCGAGAGAGAAUUGCCUGAUCCAGUCUUUGAAAGUAUCUUAACUGGUACUUUCCCUCUUAUGUCCCAUUCAGGGAGAAGAGGCUUCCAGAGUAGAUUUAGUCAUCUUCAUGGAAUGCCAGCAAGAAACAUGAAAAAGGCUUCGGGAAAUCAGACUACGUUGAUUACUCCAGGACCGGGUGGUAGCAGGAAAACAGUUCACUUGUCCCAGGAUUCUCUUCACCAUGACCAUUGGUUUAGCCCUGGGGCUAGGAAGGAACAUAGCCAGCUUCAACUCUUGCGAGACAACCGAUCCGAAAGAGGACACAAGAAGAACAACUCAGUAAAAACAGCUAGCAGACAAACCAGCGUACACUUAGGAUCAUUGUGUAUGGGAGACAUCAAACGGAGAAGGAAAGCUGCUCCCCUGCCAGGACCCACAGGGUUUGUAGGUGAAAACACCCAACCAAUCCCAGAAAACAACAUUGGAAACAGAAUGCUUCAAAGUAUGGGCUGGACUCCUGGCACGGGCCUUGGACCAGACGGCAAAGGGAUAGCAGAACCAAUAAGAGCGAUCCAGAGACCAAAAGGACUCGGACUCGGAUUUAGCUGACAGCAGUGCACUCUGUCUGCCAAAUAAAAAUCAAGAUCAAAAUUAAUUUUAAAAGACCAAAAAAAGGAAAAAAAUGCAAACCUCCUAUUAUUCUUUGUGAUCAGAAAAUCCAAUUAUUCUUCUCUCAAAGAUCACUGAAGUCUAUGUACUUCACGUUAGCUACACCAGCUGCAAGGUACAGCCACAGUGACAAAACCGGCAUAUGAAUCCUAACUUUGUAAUGGUGCUAAAAUAUACAAACACUUCUACUUUUUUAUUUUCUGUGGUCUUAAAGUUUGUAUUAAGUAUAAAAUUCAGUAUAUUCACUCAUUCUUUUCAUAAAAGAUUCUGAGACAGCAGAUAUUAGUAUUUAGGCAAACUUUUUUUUUGUAAGUAUAAUUUCAUCUCAAGAGUCUUGAUAAGAUUUGAUAUCAAGGAAAGUGGAACUCUGUACAACUACUGUGUUUUUCCCCUUUUCAGACAAAAUUUCCAAACUUAAUAUUUCUAGAGAUUAACAGUAUUUGAUUAUAAGCUAAUUGACUGUCAUUUUGCCACGUUUCCCACUGAAAGGUGAUAUGAUAUGCAAUUUUGUAUAAGAAGAGCAUGAAGAAUGGCUUUAUCAUCUAGGAAUGCCAUUCCAACACCAUUAUCUUGCAAUGUAUCACUGUCUUCCAUGUUCAAGCUCUAAAGUAAAUCUUUUAUACUUGUUUUUACAUUUACAGGAUUAUCUUUUUUCAGCAGAUAUUUUAAAAAUGUAAAGUUUAUUCUGAGUUUGGAAUUCUCUUUAUAUUAAUGAUCCUCAAUGUGUUGACAUUUAAGAAGAGCUUCAGCUUUGAACCUGCAAAUUGUAUUUUAGAGAUGACUGUGUCUUGCAGUGUUUAUUAACUGGGUUUUGGCGUAUUCUGAACAAUGCAGUAUUCAACAUUGUGGUAUCAUUUGGUUUGUGAUCAUGAUGGUGCCAGUGAGCCACAAUCUUUAAGGAUCAUGAAGAAACAGAAAAGGCACAAGCAUGACUGGGGUGGAGGGAAGGAAGGAAAGAUACUUUGGUGGCAUCUCACAAAUCUAAACCAGCAAUUUAAAAUCAAGAGGGAUCAUUAAGUGUUUUAAUCAGUAUCUAGUGUGUCUAAUGUCAGCACGAGUAAUUUCAUUAAGCACCAACCAGUCAAGCUGCUAGGAUGCUAUUUGUCUGCAGUAUAAAACAAAUUCUGCUUUAAAAUUAAAUGAUAGGACUGAAGAUGACUGUUGUCCAGAUGGACUAAGGAGAAAAUCUUGUCCCCACUGUGAUAGCUGGCAAUAUUUACACUGACUAUACACAGAAUAGGAUUUCUUUCCUCAGUCUUUUUUCUUCAAGAGGAGGAUCUCUCCCCUCCUGUGCUCCCAAACUGCAUACACAAAGAUGCUUGCAAAGAUAACGUUAGGAUAAGAAGAGCGCAGUUCACAGUGGCUGUGAAAUAUAAUGAUGAAUUUUAAAGUGUGUUUUUAUAACUUUUCUUUUUUGCUCAACUUCACCAAUUUUUCCAGAAGAAUAAUGCUAGGAAAACAAAAGUAGCAGCAUUAUAGUAUUGAAUUUGUUUAAAAGAAAUGUCUAGUCUUUCCAGUGUUAGUACUGUCAUUUUGGGGAGCAUUCUUUCACCAUUUAUAUACUGUAGAGUAACAGGUUAGUGCCUCAUGUUAUUUUUAAUUAUAGGUGAAUGCACAUAUUUUCCAAGUUUCAGGAGAACCAGUUAUUACUGUUUAAGUACAUAUUAUCCUGGUGUGGUUUUGCUUUUUGAAAUGAUAAUAAAUUGUGAAGAUCUGUUAUUUGUCAUCAACAAAGAUGUACUUUUUAUGGAAGGUUUUGGGGCAUAGCAUAAUGUGAUUUAGCCACUUCAGAUUUCUCUUGCACGACUGAUCUGAGUUAAAUACAUUGCAUAUCCAAAUAAUUUCAGCACCACAUAAUUGCAGUGGGCCAAGAAUGUGGAAUUCUGCAGUUAGGGGAUGUAUCCACCUCUGUAGUUGUUAUUUAUAAUAAUGAAUUAAUGUGGAAUGUUGUGGAAUGCUUCCAUUCUUUCAAUGUAAAGUGCUACUAAGGUUGAAUUCCAAAGACUUAUUUGUAUUGCACACCACAGUCAAAAAUUCCUUAAAAUCAUUUGCAACGUGUGAUUUAAGGGCAGAAAUGAAUCUUUACAUUCUAGUUGUUCUUGCAGUAUUUGCAGAAUUAUAAAGAAAUAGUUAUUCUCUAUUAAAAUUCCACUGUUGUGUUUUGGUUACAGCACCUACAUAUUAUUGUUCGGAAAUUCUAAAUAUGGCAUAUAUAACACUGUUUAAAGUAUUUCCAUGCAAUUUACCAUAGCAGCAGUUCUUCAAGAAGUCAGUCUGCAACUGGAAAAGUACUUGAAAAUAUUUCCUGUUUUGAAACAAUAAGGCGGGGAGGAAUAAUAGAAACAUUUUGAAACAAACACCUCUUUAGGCCGUUCACCUCUUUAUUCAUCCGCUCAUACAGGUACACUGAUGCAGUCAAUCCAAUAAACAACCUUAAUGGAAGAAGUAUUUAGUCUGAUCAGAAAUCAGAGCUAGAAUAUUAUAACUUUUUGGUUUAAAUCAGUCUAUUAGGGAGAAAUUGUUAGACGUUAAGGCUAGUCAAAUUGAUUUCGCUGUAGAGAUAAAAACACUGUCUGUUGUCCAGCAGGUAUUCUUACAGAUGCCACAGCUGACAGUCAGCUUCAUCUGUUAGAAGCUGUAGAAAAAAAGAUGCGUUAAAAUAUUUUAAUGUAGUGUUUUGAUAUGUUUUUAUGUUGCAGCAAACUUUCCAUUCUGACUUAUGCUACCAUUUCCAUUUCUGUUUUUCCACAUCUCACAGCAGUGUUUCAAAGAUAUUCCAGUAGUGUAAUUUUGCACAGCUAGAGCUAGUGGUAAGAAACAAAACAAAAAUGCAUUGAGCUUUUUCUUUUUUAAGUCAUUGCAAUGUUAGUUGGCUUUGAAACAAGUCAAAAUACUUAGAUUUGUUCUCUAGGUUUUUCCCUUAGCUCACUUGAAAUCAUACCACGACCAUCUGCUGUAAAGCCGCCUCACACUACUUUAAAAUGCCUGCACAAGUAUUUUCAGGUAAUAACUCCUACUAGCUGUAACAAUGAGGAUUUUUUGCCUAUAUAAAUAAAUAUAGGAUCAUCUUGUAUCUAAAAGUUUCCAUCAUUCACAGGAUUCUCUCCAUUUAGGUGUUUGAUUAAUCAGUAGCUCAGUGGUUACCAUAAUAUUCUGCCUAUGCAGAAUACUUAGUAAAACAAGUAUUAUCAGCAUUGUGUUUUCCUACAUGUUCCAUUGUAUCUCAAAGUUCUGUGAAUUGAGCCAUUAACUGUUAAUAAGAAAGUACAUGAGCAGUUGCUGGCAGAAUCUUAUUUUUAAAUAAAUAUUUGUUGGAGUCAGAGAAGCAUUGUCAAUAUGCUUAUUUUAACAAGUUUGUCCCUGCAUUUGUCUUUCUGCAAUUAAGGUCUAUAACGGAUGUAGAAUGGCAGUAGCCAAUAGCUAAACAAUAUGUAUAGAGUGCUUUGCUUUAACGGCUCAAAUGCGAGAUGAAAUAAAAUAAAUAGACUCCAUUCUUCA